AUGGCUUCAGACAUGGGCAGCCCCAAGCGGGAGCUCACGCCUACAACGUCCCUCUCGUCCAUCCCCCAGAAGCGCGCGUUCGACGAAGGCCACAGUCCUGCCGUGCCGUCACCGCUGAAUCCAGACGUCAGGCCCUCUUCCGAAGCUCAACAUGCCGACGACGCAUCGCAGUCGGGCCGUUCCAAGCCCGUCAGGACAAAGAAGGAGACUCUCAAGAAGCGCGAGGCCAAGGGCGGCGAUAGCAACCCCGCCACUCCAGAUCCCAAAGCUGGACGCGAACCCGAGCAGAGCGAGAACAGCCCAUUGCGCUACAAGCUGGCGCCGCCCAAAUUGUCUGACUUUGACCCCCCUCGCGGGCCUGUCAUGACGCUGCAUCAUCGGGUUGACGGGCCAGGUGGAGAGGCAAUCGAGUUCAUGGAGACUUCAGACCAUGUCUUUAACAAGAAAAACUUUCGCUACACUCCCUGCAUUGCCGACCCUCUCUUCCCCUCCACGCUAUACUAUCGACAGACCGAGCCAGAGCCGUUUGGACCGAGAAUGAGCUUCGAGGAUGCUGCGACUCAUGUUUUCUUCGACAAGUCCGGCCGGCAAGUCACCACCGAUAAAGGCUUCCGCAUGGCACGGGCCAAUGUGGCCGUACGCGAAGGAAGAUGGUAUUGGGAAUGCAAGAUUACACAAGGCAUACAGCCGCCGAAAGACGGCGACGCAAAGCCAGUUGGCGGGAAGCACGUACGCAUGGGAUGGGCCAGACGAGAAGCCUCUCUCGAUGCCCCUGUAGGCUUCGACGCCUACAGCUAUGGUAUUCGAGACGUCGCAGGCGAAAAGGUCUUCAUGUCCCGUCCGAAAGAGUUUUUCCCUCCCGGCGAGAGCAUACAAGAGGGCGAUGUCAUCGGCCUUGAAAUUCAGCUGCCAUCCGAGCAUUUACAUAGAAAGAUCAUGGCCGGCCACUAUAACCCUGCCGUGGAUGCGGCGGACGAGCCCGCACCAGCAACUGCAGAAGCAGCCAACAUUGUGCGAGACCGAGUACCGAUCCGAUUCAAGGCGCACACAUACUUUGAGAAAAUCGAAUACCACACCACCAAAGAGCUGGAAGAUCUUAUGAAUCCUUCGCCAGCCGCAUCAUCAAGCUCCUCUAACGACGCUCCGAGCCCUACACACCCCACGCCUGCUCUACGCACACUUCCCAACUCCUAUAUCAGAGUCUACAAAAACGGCGUGCUCAUGGGGACGCCUUUUGAGAAUCUCUUGGGGUUCCUCCCCCCUGCAUCUAAGCCCAUGCCCCAAGUCGGAGCCAGAGAAGGUCUCGAUGACGGCAUGUUGGGCUACUAUCCCGCCGUCAGCGUGUUUAGAGGCGGAGCAGUCGAAGUUAACUUUGGGCCGGACUUUUGGUAUCCGCCGGCAGAUUACGACUCUACCAAUGUGGUCGAGCGGUACCAGGAACAGAUUGCGGAGGAUAUUAUUUAUGAUAUCAUUGACGAGGUGGACUUUUGGAUGCAGGAUGGGGGCGGCGCUACGAAUCAGGCUGGCGUUGAUGAGAAGACCAAGGAAGUGGUUAUGGCACCUGGGAGAGAAGAAAUCAAGGAGUUGGUGCAGGAUGAUUGA